CUGGCCGAGGACCUGUCGAAGAACAGCGUCACCAUAGUGAGCGGCCUCGCCCGGGGCAUCGACUCCAUUGCCCAUCGCGUCGCCCUGGACUCCGAAGGUCGCACCCUGGCCGUCCUCGCCAACGGACUGGACACCGUGUACCCCCCGGAGCACGCCUCGAUGGCGCGGGAAGUGUCCGAGAGCGGCGCGCUGAUAAGCGAGCACCCGCCCGGCAUCCGACCGGAGGCCAAGAAUUUCCCCCGCAGAAACCGAAUCCUGAGCGGCCUGACACCCGGCACGGUUGUAGUGGAGGCCGGCGAGGGAAGCGGCGCGCUGUGGACCGUGAGGCACGCCCUGGACCAGGACAGGGAGGUCAUGGCCGUGCCCGGCAGCAUCUUCUCGCCCGCCAGCAAGGAGGCCAACCGGCUAAUCCAGCAGGGAGCGAAGACGGUCCUGAGCUAUACCGACGUCCUGGAGGAGUUGAACUUCUCCGCGUUGGGCCAGCAGAUAGAGCUGCUCCCCAUCCUACCCCAUAACGAUCAGGAGACCCAAUUGCUGAGAUACAUCACCUUCGAGCCCUUGCACAUAGACGAUAUCCAGAGGACAUCCGGCCUUCCUGUGGCCUCCGUCAGCAGCUCCCUGGCUAUGAUGGAGAUCAAGGGGCUGGUGAGACAGGUGGGAGGAAUGAGCUACAUUAGAACGCGAGAGGCGCAGGCCGAAUACCAGGUCUCGCCGAGAUGA